AUGAAAGCUGUUCGUUGUGUGAAUGUUUGUUGCUUGCUCUUGUUAGCAAUUGUCUCUGCUAUGAUGUUAUUAGAAACUAGUGUUGGAAAGGAUGUCAAGUUUUGCAUGCCUCCACAAGCUACCUUCUGGGAGACUACCAAGGAUGCUAGCUAUAUCAUGAAGGAAUUCAAAAAUAAUGAUCAGGUUAUCAAGAACCAAUACAAUGUCAAGACUUCACAACAACGUCAAGAUUUUAUCGUAAAAGGAAAUGUUGUAAAAAGUGAAAUUUCCAUUCAAAAUCCAAUGAAUAAUGAUACCAUCGUGUAUACUCUGACCAGUGACAAUGGUGAUUGUUCUUGCAUGAAUUUUGGUCCAUCUGAUUCCAGUGUUUUUGUACAAUGUCACACUUUACCAAUUUUGGAAAAGGGUAGUAUAGCUGGAAUUAAUGCAUUGAAAAUUGGUUACAAUCAAAGUGAUUUGUAUCCAACAUGGACUGAAAUUAAUUAUUAUUGGGUUGUUCCUGCUAAGGAAAGUGGAUAUUGGUGGUUUUUGAGUAGAACUAGUUAUGUCAUUGAUGAUUCGAAUAAUGUUCAAUUGGGAACUACUACUUAUUAUAAUCAAGAAGAUAAGGCUGAUCCUUAUGCAUUCUAUCUUCCAAAGUAUUGUCCUCAUUACUCACAAUGUACCAAUCCAAGAAAAAAUAAACUGUUUUUGAAUGACUUCCAUAUUUGGCAGUUUACUUGUCAAUCACAAGAUGAAUUAAAUUUUGCAUUUGAUUUAGAAAUUUCUGUCCUUCAUCAGUUAUACCAUUUGAAUAAACAUUAA